CUUACCUCAGAACCCUGUACGUAGGGGGUCAUACUUCAGUUUCUAGCAGCAGAUUAUAAAACAGAUGAGAUGGACAUUUUUACAGAAAUAGCCACUGUGAUAGAAAGACAAAAUAUCUAGGAUCACAGUGAGCAUCAACAUCACAGACACGACUGACAAAUCAUCGUUGAUUGUGCAACAUGGAGAAGCUGAUCACACAGAUGCUGCUGUACAUGGUAGUGACCGGACUAGUGUUGGCGGUGCUGGGACAGCAGCUCAAUGCACCCGAUGAUCUUACCCUUCUUCGUAGCUACCAUGCCCUUGAGAACACCACAAAUGGCACGAUCCUAUUCAACUUUACAGCCAGAUAUAUGGACAGACAUCGUAAUGUUACUGUAACGUCUGCUUCCCCCAUCUACGUCACAGUCGAGAAAGUCACAGGAUCCGACGGCGUUUGGAAUGUCCGACUAAACAACGUCCUCGACAGAGAGACCCUGGACCACAUAAUCCUGAAUUUCGACCUUCACGGUGAUGUUGUUCUUCCAGUCAGCACCAUGUUGUUUGUCGGCGAUGUCAAUGACAACCCUCCCAAGUUUGAGAAAAUUUUCUAUGCUGCUGAUGUUAACGAGAGCACGCGUGUGGGGACAACUGUCUUCACUGGCAUCAAAACUACAGACCCGGACGACGGCAUAGGCAAAACAGUAUCAUACAACAUGACUUAUGUAGGAUCAAGCUCCCAGAACACAUUUACCAUGGACUCCAUCACUGGAAGUGUUCAUCUGACUGGACCACUGGACUUCGAGAAAAUCAACCUUUACCAUUACAUCGUCACAGCAACAGACGGUGGCGGCCUCAACUCCACAGCAGAUCUCAUCUUCACGGUGCUGGACGUUCAGGACACUCCUCCUUUCUUCACUGGCCUGCCUUACACUGUCUCCGUCGAUGAAGACACCAAAGCGCACACAGACUUACUACAAAUUAAGGCGGAGGAUGGAGACAGGUUCCCUGCAAUAUCCAACGCCGUGAAAUACAGCAUCACGGCAGAGUCAUGUGUAGGCCUGUUUCAACUCAACAUGACAGGAGCUCUGUCAGUAGGAAACACUCAGCUUGACCGAGACUCGACGCCGUUAACUGAUGUCAACGGUGUAUGCAGUGUAACUGUGCAGGCUACUGAGAUAGACACGCACCCUCCACAGUUGGGAAACACGACUGCCACAACGACGGUGACCAUCACGGUUCAAGAUCUCAACGACAAUGCUCCCCAGUUCUCUAGUCCUUCUUUCACAGCGAUGAUCAAAGAAAACUCGCCGGCGGGUGUGUCAUUGACCCUACCGUCUAAUGGACAGAUCAUGGUGUCAGACAAAGAUCAGGGCACUAAUAGUCUUCUGACGAUAUCACUGAUACAGUCAGGAGAUACCUUUGACCUGGAACAGACCCACAUACAGUCUAACGGUCCAGUUUUCAUCCGGGUUAAGAACCCAGCAUUGCUAGACUACGAAAAGUCUGAUACACUUAGUUUUACGAUCGUUGCGAGGGACAACUCAACUAAAGGUCCUACGAAUUCAGCGUCUGCCACAGUGACAGUGAACAUCCAGCCCGUGAACGAGUUCACACCAGAGUUCAUCGCAGUGGACAUCAAGGCCUCUGUGCCAGAAGGAAGUCCUGUGGGACUCGUGGUGGUCAACGCCUCGGCCUUUGACAGAGAUAAAGGUGGAAGUGAUGGAAGGAUAACCUACUCUCUUCAGAACCACCAGGGAAUGUUUCGAAUCGACCCCAAUACCGGUGUUGUGACCGUUGCUUCACAAGCCACUGACCGCGAGAAGAAGGACACCUACAAUUUGCUCGUGCAGGCACAAGAUGGCGGAGGACUCAUCAACAGCACGUCACUGACAAUAACUAUUGAAGACUUAAACGACAACAAACCUAAUUUCAAGAGAACUCAGUACGACGCCAUCUUGACUGAAGAUAGCACCACUUUUACCAGACCUUUACGUCUGGAGGCGUCAGAUGAUGAUAAACCUGGAACACAGAACAGCAACAUUACAUACACGCUGUCACCGAAUUCAUCUCCUGAUAACCAAGCUGGUAAUUUUCACAUUGACCCACUGACUGGUGAGGUUACAGUUGUCCGCCCACUGGACUAUGAAUCUGUCUCAUUCCUUGCUGGACAGCCAGGGACCAUCACUCUCACAGCAGUAACCACAGAUCAGGGACAGCCGCCUCUAAACUCCACAGUACACGUCACCAUCACUCUUUUGGACAUCAACGACAACGCUCCAAACUUCACACAGUCAUCAUACUCGCAAAUAAUUAAAGAAGAUGCUUCUCUAGGUUCCGUCGUCACGACUGUCCACGCAUCUGAUGCUGAUGGCAGCGCCCCCAACAACCUGGUGUCGUACUUCAUUGAAAGCGGCGCUCAGGAUCGGUUUCGGAUUAACGCCACGACCGGAGCGAUAAAGGUUUCAGGUCCCUUGGAUCGCGAAAAAACAUCAAGUUAUCUACUGACCAUCGUCACCAGGGACCAGGCAGAGAACCCAAAGUCCUCUAAUUGUACUGUCAACAUCACACUCUCGGACGUUAACGACGAAAAGCCGACGUUUGGCGAUCGGAGUGACGUCACGAUUGACGUCAACGAAACUGCAUCCGGUCAACUCUACGUCAUGACAGCUACAGACCCGGAUCUGAACAGCCAGCUCCGAUACUCCAUCCUGUGGACUGAAAGUACUGGACAGUCCGGCAUCUACACUAGUUUGGAUCCUCAGGUCUUGAACCAAUGGAUUGGAAUAAAUAACAAUACUGGAGCACUGAUGGCUCUUAAACCGCUAAACAAAACAGCGACGAGAAUGUUCACUUUGGCGAUACAAGUAGAGGACAUCAAAGCCGAACAGAACAAACCUCAGUCCGCAAAAGGAUUUGUGAAGAUAAACAUAAUCGACAUCAACAACAAUCCACCUCGCUUUAGUCCCAGUGGGUCGGUGACGGCGAGUGUCACAGAAAACAGUGUGGAGGGCAUGGCGCUUCUCUUGACUGGUUCCAUUCAUGUUGCUGAUCUCGAUGAGAAUGAAAAUAGUCAGUUUAAACUGACUCUCGAAGGGCCGUUCGCACCAUACUUUGAGGUGUACCCUGUGGAGGUGCAGUCGUCUGCCGAUGUCAUUAUUCGAGUGAAAAACAACACCGUCCUGGACUAUGAGACGCGGCAAACUCUAGACCUCAAAAUAACGGCCAUGGAGACGCUGACGGCUGAAAAACGACAAGACAGCUUGAUGGUACACGUGACCAUACAGGACGAGAACGACAACAGUCCUGUCUUCGACAAACAUUCCUACAACGUCUCCAUUCCAGAGAACACCUCCCACGGAAUAUCCAUCUCCACUGUUCACGCUGUUGAUAAAGAUGGAAGUCUGAAGUUUAACACAGUCACCUACUCACUGCCAGACUCCAACAGUUUAUUCCUCGUUGACAGCAGCUCAGGGGUCGUGACGGUUGCCCAGGACAACGGCCUUGACUACGAGAAGAGACAAGCCUACAGCCUGGCAGUCGAGGCUACGGAUGGUGGUGGAAGGCGCGACACUGCCACCCUUAACGUCGUCAUCACCGACAUCAACGAUAACCCUCCGAUAUUUGAGAAACCCGAGUACUCGGCCUUCGUUACUGAAAACACGACUUCCUUCGACACCCCGAUAGCAGUGAAAGCCACUGAUGCUGAUGCUGGAGUCAAUAAGGAGAUAGAAUAUUUCAUUUUUAACACUUCAACUUUACAUCAAAACUUCACGGUGGACAAGUCUACUGGACAGCUUAGCUUAGUCUCGCCUUUGGAUUACGAGUCUUUACCUGACAAGACAACAGGUAGAGUGACUCUGCUAGUAGGCGCUCGAGACCUCGGCUCACCUUCUCUAAGUACCAACGUCUCUGUCGUCGUCACCGUCAAGGAUGUCAACGACAACUCUCCACAGUUCGACAAUACUACGUAUCAUUUAUCGGUUGCUGAAGAUGCUGCAAACGGCUACACGCUGCUUCUGGUCCAUGCACACGACGCCGAUGGCAGCGCCCCCAACAAUCAAGUCUUCUACUCUAUAGAAGAGGGAGACCAUGACAGCUUUCAGGUCGGCCACAGGUCCGGAGAAAUCAAGGUUGUGGGCAAGUUAGACCGCGAGACUGUUGCCAACUACACGUUGAGAAUCAUGGCAUCGGAUGAAGGAACGCCCCCUUCAGUGAGCUACUGUGACGUGUACAUCGACCUUUCUGACAUCAACGACGAACUGCCACAGUUUCGAGAAAAACACGUCUUGGUCCAAAUCAGUGAUGGCGUCUUUGGUGCUGUUUACACCAUGAGUGCUGUGGACCGGGAUCUUGACAGUCACUUACUAUACUCCAUUGUGUGGAAUGAAAGCUACGCACUGUCUUCCUCACUCGCAGUUCUUCCCGGUGAUCAACUCGCCAACUGGAUCGACAUUGACACGGAGUUCGGUACAAUAAAUGAAAAAAGGCAAUUUGACAGCAGUAAGGUGGUAAAGUUUUUCCUGACCAUACUAGUACAAGAUCUCAACGCCUUCAAUCCCAAACCUCAGAAUGAUACUGCCAUUCUGAGGGUUAUCUUUGGAGGGAGAAACGCAACAAAGCGAUCUGUACGGUCGGCGGAGCUGAGCAAUACCAGCGACACCUUACACAUCUCAAAACAAGGUGGUAAGGAAUGGAAUGCAGAGGUAACUUUCUCAGCUGGUCUGACUCACAACCAACAGAUAUCAAAAGACCGGCAAGUUGUGUACGACACCGUUUUCAUCAAUGAUGGCAGCGGGUACAGCAACAAAACUGGCACCUUUACCUGUCCGCAGACCGGUGAGUUUAUGUUUGAGGUCCACACGUUCGCUCCCCGCAACAGCAGCGUGUGGCUGACGCUGUACCACAAGUUCAUCAGGGUCAGGACACUCGAGGUGCAUGCGGAAGAGGACUCUAAGGCGGACAGCAUGACAGUUGUGCUGCAGCUGACGAAGGGCGAUGUCGUGUACGUGAUGUCCACACCCGGUCACAGCAGCCAGCUGUUCGGGGCACCGGACACUAUCUGGAACACAUUCAGUGGAUACCUCCUCUCACCACACUCCGAGCAUAUAUACAAACACCUGUGCACCGUUGACGCUGUGUUACUCUAUCAACAGUUUUCUUAUUUUCGUUUUUCAAUUGGACAACAUAAUCGCUCUACGUGCAUUCUAGAGAUGGUGCGCAUAGGGUUGUUGUGGUAUCUGACAAUGAACAUAUUCUUAUUGGCAGUGCAGGCAGGAUUGCCCCCCGACAUUGUAACCCUUCGUCAUGCCUACCUUAUCCCCGAGGAUACCCCUCCCGGUUCGAUCCUCUUCAACUUCAGGGCUGUCUACAGCGACAACCACCGUGCCGUUACCGUGGGAACUGCUCCCAACAGCUACGUCACAGUCCAGCCACUCAGUGCACCUGAUGGUUUGUGGAAUGUCUUACUCAACUACCCUCUGGACAGAGAGACUCUGGAUGAAAUUCAAUUGAAUUUCUUCGUUUUAGCAGACGACGUUCUUGAAAUUCGGACCACGUUGUACGUCACGGACGUCAACGACAACCCUCCCACGUUUGAACGAAGUUUGUACACUGCUGAUGUGAGCGAGGACACAACCGUGGGGACGACGGUGUUCACUGACAUCCGCACAAGAGACCCAGACACAGGAGUUGGUGGAGUGGUGACCUAUAGCAUGACUCCUGUGGACUCAGAUGCCCGUGACAUAUUUGUUAUCAACUCCAUCUCUGGAAGUGUUACAUUGAACCAACGACUGUACUCCCGGACAACGAAGUCGUAUUAUUACAUUGUCACCGCCACAGAUGGCGAUGGUCUCAGCUCUGCAGCAGACCUGAUAUUUGUCGUACGGGACGGGAUAUCUACUCUCUCUACUCGCUCACCGAGCUGGACAUCUACUCACUCUACUCACACACCGACCAGGACAACUACUCACCGGUGGACUACAACAAGUCGCACCUCAUGGCCCCAUUCGGAAUCCACUACUUCCCACCUUACGGAAAGCUCCACAUCGUCCUCCUCCACCUGGGGGACUCCUCCACCUUCUCUAUGGAGCACUGAGUGUGAUGCCAUCUUGCAUGAAAACGAAGUUUCCUUCAACAGACCUUUACACAUACAGGUUACAGAUGAGAUAGAGCCGGGGUCAGAGAGCAGCAACAUCAUGUACAGCCUCUCAUCAUCUUCGGAACCUCCUGGACUUGCCGGACAUUUUCACAUCGACCCAUUCACUGGUGACGUGUCUGUCGUCCAGCCAUUGGACUUCGAUAACAUUUCAUUCAGUCCUGCCAAUCCAGGGGCCAUCAGUCUCACAGCAAUAAUCAGAGAUCAUGGGCGAAGUCCUCUGAGCUCGACAAGUACUUUUACCAUUAUUCUUUUGGAUAUCAACGACAAUACUCCACAGUUUGAGAAAUCUGAAUAUAUUAGUGUUGUUCCUGAAAACGUGAGAAUAGGCUACCAGCUGAUGGUGGUUCGUGCACAUGAUGCUGAUGGCACAGCCCCCAACAACCAAGUGUUCUACUUCCUGGAGACUGGCGGCCGCGAUCAGUUGGCUGUUGAUCACGUGACUGGAGCCAUCACAGUUGUAGGCGAGCUGGACCGUGAAAGUGUCGCCACCUACUCGCUCCACGUCAUGGCCAGGGACCAGGCAGCCGACCCACUUCACAGCUACUGCACGGUGUACAUCAAUGUUUCUGACAUCAACGAUGAGCCUCCUCGGUUUAGAGAAAAGCACGUGACGAUUGACGUCAGUGACGGCGCCUUUGGGGACAUCUACGAUAUGAGUGCUGUGGACUUGGACCUCAACAGUCAUUUAAAAUACUCCAUCUUGUGGGAGGACAGCUACGGGCAGACUGGCUCAAAUGAAUUUUUACAGGGCGAAGAACUUAUGCAAUGGGUUGAUGUUGACGCUGACAAUGGAAUGAUACACGAGAAGAGACCUUUGGACAGAACUCAGGUGAGACAGCUCAACCUGCUCUUGCUAGUACAAGAUCUCAACGCUACAGACCCAAAACUUCAGGAAGACUCAGCAUAUUUAAUAAUUAAUGUGAGAGCACUCAGCAGAAGUCGCCGCUCGCCCGAAGGGAGUGAUGUUCGUGACACUUCGCCCUUUUCAAACCAUGGUAUGAAACAUAUGGACCAGAAGGUGACCUUCUCAGCUGGACUGUCGCACUACUUAGAACUGACAGAGGCUGAACCAGUUGUCUACGACAGAAUUUUUGUCAACGAGGGCAACGGCUACAGCAGCAGAACUGGCAUCUUCACAUGUCCUCAAAGUGGCAAGUACGUGUUUGGAAUUGAUGUGCUUGCUGCCGGCAACAGCAGCGUGUCUCUGUCUCUAUACCACAAGGUCAGCAGGGUCAGGACAUUCGAGGUGCACGCGGGAGAGGACUCUAAGGCGGACGGUGUGACUGCCGUGCUGCAGGUGACGCACGGCGAUGACGUGUACGUGGCGCCCACACCACGUCACAGCAGCCGGCUGUCCGGCGCUCCCCACGCCAUCUUGAAUACGUUCAGCGGUUCUCUCCUGUCACCAGCCUUUGAGUAGUCUUCUCUGUCAAAUGACAAGUGAAGGAAAGGCUGCUAGUGUGGACACAGCAUCAUUCUCUUAUCUUUUGACUUCGCUUUCUUCAAAUCCACGAGUUAUCAUUUGUCAUCAACAGUGAAUAUGUACCUAAAAAUAACAUGUUUACAAUACAGCUUUUAUUUGUGGAGACUCUUUUUUCGCAUUUCUUUACAUGCUUUGAAUAAACAUUAACCAUAUUAAACUUUUGAAAAACGAGAA